AUGCACGACUACUUUGACGAGGAACCAGACGUCCUGUUGUCAGAAGACGACUUGUCCUCGGCGCACUCGUCGGAUGAGGACGACUUAGACGAAGGGCCCCCGAACCCGCCGCCGCCCAUCUCGCAGAACUUCUUUGCGCCGCCCUUUUACGGCCGCCCGCCAACACCGCUGCCGCCCUCGCCCUCGCUGACCUCGCUGCUGCGGCCCUCGCGGCCCACGACGCCCGACGCCUCGGACGACGAAGGGGCCCUCGAGCCCGUGCCGCGCGCCUCCCCCAAGGUGCCCACCUACGAGUACUACGGCUUCGUGCUCUACCUCUUCUCCUCGCUGGCCUUUCUCAUCUACCUGCUGUGGGCCUACCUGCCCUCGCCCUUCUUGCACGCCCUGGGCAUCUUUUACUACCCGAACCGCUGGUGGGCCCUGGCCGUGCCAGCCUUCCUCGUCAUGCUCAUUGUCUACAUUUACGUCGCCCUCGCCGCCUAUAAUACCGAGUACCUAACUCUGCCCUUGGGCAGCCUCGAGACCGUCGUCGACGAGGCCGCCAAGGUUGCCUGUGUCGACUCCCGGGGACGUCUGCGGCCCAGCAAGCGCCACGACGAGGCCGCCGCAGCCGCCGCUACCAAGGUCAGCGAAAGCAGGGCCCUCGAGAUCGAUUGGCGAGCUGUGUGGAAUAAGGGUACUGACGGUGUUAUGGAUGUUCCUCUAGCCGGAGUCAAUGAAGUACUCUAUGGCUAUGGGGAUCAUGACGAUGACGACUUUUGA